AUGUCUUGGCUAUUGAAACAUGCCGAAGACAUUCUAAAUCGAGUUGACCAACAAACAAAUGCUGUCCUUCAUCAACACGAUCAUCACCCGCCACAAUCAAGAAUACCGUUGAGACCAAAUGAAGUUGAAUUCAUACCGGAAACAUCUUCUUUUACUCCGUCAACGCCUUCUGUACCACCUGCGUCUGAUCGGACUCCAGCAAAUCGUUCAUCCAUCACUCCAACACGUCGUGUUAAAGAAGACAAUGAAGCUGAUCUGAUCAAGUUUUUGAAUAGUCCAACACCGGUGAACACGAAUGAAACGAAGAAAACCGUUCGUGUCCAAAUGUCUGACAAUAAUAUUCGUACAGAUAGUUCAUUGAGCAAUCCUUCCGAAAAUUCUUUCUCACUAUCAUCUGAGCCCAGAAAAAGCGAUCUUGUUUUAAAUAUUCCUUCAUCUGUCCAAACUGUCGAUCCUGAAGCUGUUUUGUCACUUCAAAGUCAUAUUCAGAACUUAAUGCAAGAGAAACAACGAUAUGAAAGCGAACUGGAGUUGUACAAACGUCAACAAAUUCAAUAUCAACAUCAAAUUGCUGAAUCAGAUGCACUACUACGUGAUCUGCGUACACGAGAAGCAGAUUCCGUAGAAAUUCUAUUAGCGAAAGAUUCUCAAAUAAGUUUACUUCGGAAUCGUUUGAUUGAAGUCGAUGGUUUAUUGCAAAUGAAGGCAAAUCAAUCUGAGCAUUUACAAAAUCCAUCCACAACUCCAUCCGAACCGUUGGAUUCUUAUAAAUCUCGAUUGACAGAAUUAGAGCAGGAGUUGGAAAGAAGUUCCAACGAAAAUCAGCAAUUAAUUGAACAACUGAAAUCGACCGAACGACGUUUGAAUGAUGAGCAUUUACAGCUCUAUGAACAACAGCAACAGACCAAACAAGCAAAAGCACUCGUUCAUCAACUCGAGCAGGAAAUGUCUGAUUACAAAACAAAAGCUCAACGAAUUUUACAGACCAAAGAUAAACUGAUUGGUAAAUUGAAAGAUAUCGCACAACAUCGCAGUAGCACACCAACUAUUCCAGAUCAACACGAUGUUGAAACAGUCAAUACACACGACGAUGGCACUCUUCUCGAUGUCAGUGUGGUUGGCAAUAAUCCUUCGUCAUCGAAUUGGGCAGCUGUACAAUACGAAGAAAUGAAAAGUGAAAAUGAGUUAUUCAAACAAGAAUUACAAGCUCGUGAAUUGAGCAUACAUAACCUACGAAAUGAACUUCAAGAAGCAGAAGUACUUAUUCAACAAACUGAAGAACAAUCCCAAGAACGAACUAAUCGAUUGAAUGAACAGUUGAAAGAAGAGCAUGGACGUCUCUUAUUAAUUGAACAGGAUUAUCAUGGUUUAAAACAGGAACUAACAUUAACUAUAGAGGAUUUUCAGAAACAAAAGCAGACCUAUCAAGGACAAUUGAAUGAUCGUGAACAUGAAAUUGAACGUCUUCGUUUGCAGCUAACAUCCAAAACAAUCAAUCAUGUCAAUGAUGAUGAACUAGAAAAACGCUUACAGAAUCUAACUGAAUCCUUAAUUCAAAAACAAACGCUUAUUGAAAGUUUACAAACCGAGAAGAGUUCCUUAUCUAUGCAAUUAGAACGCUUGGAAAAACGUCUCGAUGAUUACGAGACGAUUGCAUCGAAAAGCUCGUCCCAUCAUUCAUCAAAACAUCAUUCAACUACAUCCAUACCUAUUGAUGACAGCGAACAUUACGAAAAUUUACGCUAUCGAAUGCCGUUACUACGCGAAACACCUUACGAUGUGGACUUAACGAAGAAAGUCAAACGAGCAGCAAAUGAGCUGGACAGACUCGGAAUCCGUGCGACGAUGUUUCUCCGACGGUAUCCGAUGGUUCGACUUGGUGUCCUUGUCUAUGUUGUUAUUCUUCAUUUAUGGACGUUUAUUCUUCUUUUUACACAUGCACCGGACAGUCAUAGCAAUACAAAUUCAAUUCAUUUAAAAGAUAAACUUUGA